GAGAUUUACGAUUCAACAGAUAUCGGUGACUAACGUGUCUCUUUUGUUUCUGGGUUUUGGUUCUUCUGCUCUAUAUUUGAAAUGCUGCGCCCAAAAUCUUAGCUCUUGAUGGAUGAUCAUGGUGGCUCUGGAGCUUCUGAUUUGAGCCUUGAGGAACUGAUGAAUGAAUAUUCAUCUCGACCCCCACAAAUAGCUGAAUGGUUAUGGUGUAUGGAAUAUGUAGCCAAAUUCGUCAAGGAUAUACGCUGCAUACUUGAUUUGAUGAACAUGGGCUAUCAAUACUCAAAUGACUAUGGGAGGAGGAUUAAUGAACUCCUGUCUCUUAGAAUUUUGGAGUUCAUGUUUGAUCCAAGCAAGAAUGAUGAUGCUACGAGCGUUGGUGUUGCUUCUACUUCAGAGCCAAGAGUUGAGUUUGAUUUAUCUUUGAGCAACGCUGAUGUUCUCAGAGCAAUUCUGAAAGAGAUUCCAGUAUCAGAACUGCGAGCAGGCAUGCCGGAGCUGUCCAGAUUCAAUGUUCUUCCAUUUAUUGCUCACAAGAACAUGUGUUUGCCACAAUGUGCACUUGAGAAGCUGAGAGAUGUGAGUUUAAUGGAGAAUCAGACAAGUGCAGCUCCUUCCCUGGAAGCAAAUAAUCCCGUUUUUAGAGAUGAUAGAUCAGUGCAUAUGGAUACGUCCGAGGAAGAGCCGAUAGAUGAGCAACAAGUGCAUAUUGGUUUGGAACAAAACGUAAAGGAGAAUGAUAAAGUCAUUUUCAUUAACGAUGAAGAUGAGCCAAUGCACACUAACGAAAAAGAUGAAGUAAUUGUGAUCGAUGAAGAUACAGAGAAUGAUCAAGACACAGCCCGUGAACCCAUUAGCAAGUGUAAUACUACUGGUGAGCCUCCAAGCUCAAGAAGAUGGCCUGAGGAUGCACAUGUAAAAUGUACAGAAGAUGGAACCUGUAUAAUCAGUGGGAGCGAUGAUGAUGAGUUAGAUAUGGUUAUAGGUCCAGCCUUGGCCAAGAAGAAUACAAACACUUACACAAACGUUCUUCCUUCGAGCUCACGAACAAGACCCGAGAAUGUAUGCUGGAAAUGUGGAAAAGAAGGAACACUAUUGAUAUGUAGCAGAAGCGAGUGUGUAUCAAAGGUUCACAAGGAAUGCUUGAAUUGUGCGGUUAGCGUAGAUGAAGAAGGGAACUUUCACUGUCCUGUGUGCUGGUAUGAUCGAGUCGUUGCAGAGUACUUAGACUGUCAGAAGUUGAUGAGGUCUGCCAAGAGAAAACUGAUGAAGUUUAUGCCGCUGCUUUCAACAAGAAGCAAGAGACUCAGGUGGUGAAAUUUUCUGCUGCGCCGUCACGCUGUAAUAAAUUAUAUCUCAUCUUGUCUUUUUUGGGGUAAUUCAGGUAAUCAAUGUUAGAUAUGGAAUUAUAGA